AAAAAUAAGGACGCUGUUUCGACUUUGCCCACAACAAAAUAAAAGUCCAGCAUCUCCUUCGUAACUGGUCGAUCUCCGGAAUGUCUCUCUCUCACACGGUUCUCGUCCUUUCCCUGAUCUAUCUGCCGACUUCAAGAAAAACCCUAAUCCUAGUGGUGUGAAGAGCUGACUGACUUGCAGCUCCUGGGUCAUUCUCCAGGUGAGAUCCCUGCACUUGAUCAAUUCAUCGCGUCGGCGAACGAUUUUGCGGAUGCCAUUUGAUGUCGUUGGCACAUUUAAGAAGUAUAUUAACGAAGGAUACACAAUGCGACGCUGGCUGUGUUGUUCAUGUAAUGUUGCUGAGUCUUAUCAUGCCCAAGAAGAUGAACACCUGAAGGACCCAACCAAUAAUGCAGAUGGUGUGAAGGGUUCAAAGUACACUACUCCAAGAAGUGAAGCACCAAAAGCACCUCCAACUAUUGAGGUGCCUGUGUUGUCUUUUGAAGAGUUGAAAGAGAAGACUGAUAAUUUUGGGUCAAAAGCUUUAGUAGGUGAAGGAUCAUAUGGAAGGGUGUACUUUGCCACUUUAGAGGAUGGAAAGCAGGUUGCUGUGAAAAAGCUUGAUUCUUCAUCAGAAGACAACUCCUCUGAAUUUUUAAUGCAGGUCUCUAUGGUCUCAAGGUUGAAGCAUGAAAACUUUGUGGAAAUGCUGGGAUACUGUGUUGAGGAGAAUAUGCGUUUGUUGGUUUAUGAGUUUGCAACCAUGGGCUCAUUGCAUGAUGUUUUACAUGGAAGAAAAGGAGUUCAAGGGGCACAACCUGGUCCAGCACUGGAUUGGGCACAACGAGUGAGGAUAGCUGUUGAUGCAGCAAAGGGGCUAGAAUACCUUCAUGAGAAGGUUCAGCCUUCUAUAAUACAUCGUGAUAUCAGAUCAAGUAAUUUCCUCCUUUUUGAGGAUUUUAGAGCCAAAAUUGCAGAUUUUAACCUUUCAAAUCAGGCUCCUGAUAUGGCAGCUCGUCUACAUUCUACACGAGUCUUGGGUACCUUUGGUUAUCAUGCUCCAGAGUAUGCUAUGACGGGUCAACUGACACAAAAGAGUGAUGUAUAUAGUUUUGGUGUGGUUCUUUUGGAACUUCUGACAGGAAGGAAGCCUGUGGAUCAUACAAUGCCUAGAGGGCAGCAAAGUCUGGUUACUUGGGCAACUCCUAGACUGAGCGAAGACAAAGUCAAACAAUGUGUAGAUCCAAAAUUGAAGGGAGAUUACCCCCCAAAAGGCGUCGCAAAGCUGGCAGCUGUUGCAGCUCUGUGUGUUCAGUAUGAAGCUGAGUUUAGACCCAAUAUGAGCAUUGUGGUGAAGGCACUCUCUCCUCUUCUAAAUAAGCAAGCUCCACCACCUGCGGUUGACCCUUCAACAGAUGCUCGAGAGAUGCAAUGAUCAGUGGUAGGCCUCUCGACGCUCUCGUCUAGUUCGUGGCAUUUUGUAGUCAUUGUAUUCAGUUCAUUGCAGAUGGAAGAUUUCUGUUGUAUAUUUAUUCGAGUAACUUCAGUUUGGCUGUUUGAUGAGCGUUCUACAUAACAAAGAACUGUAAUGCUUUUAAUGAAUUCUUGAUUCUGUUUGUUCUUGUGGAGUUUUCUUGACUUUGGUUUUAUUGAAUUUUGUUCCUGGCUA